UCGGUCUUGUGACGCGGCCGCCGCCGUCAUUAAGGAGGGGCCGCCGCGCGGCCCGCCCACGCUCUUCCGCCGCCGCCGUGGGAAUGGAAACAUCGGUACCACCUGUCGGGAGCCAGCCCCUGGCUGCCAGCCACAGCCUGUCAUCGCGCGGGGACCCCCAGCGACUCUCCUCGCGAGACGAACUUGCAGAAAUGGCCGCGUCCAGUCAAGGAAAUUUUGAGUCACUGGACCUUGCAGAACUUGCUAAAAAACAACCAUGGUGGCGCAAACUGUUCGGACAGGACUCCGGGCCCUCUGCUGAGAAGUACAGCGUGGCCACCCAGCUGCUAAUCGGAGGAGUCACUGGAUGGUGCACAGGCUUCAUCUUCCAGAAGGUCGGAAAGUUGGCUGCAACCGCUGUGGGAGGAGGAUUUUUUCUCCUUCAGCUUGCAAACCACACUGGGUACAUCAAAGUUGACUGGCAGCGAGUAGAGAAGGACAUGAAGAAAGCCAAGGAACAGCUGAAGAUUCGAAAGAGCAACCAGAUCCCUACGGAGGUCAGGAGUAAAGCCGAGGAGGUGAGACACUCUGCCCGCGCGCUGCGAACACAAGCUGGGCCUGGCGCCCCCAGGUGGUGUCAUUUGUGAAGAAGAAUGUUCUCGUGACUGGGGGUUUUUUUGGAGGCUUUCUGCUCGGCAUGGCAUCUUAAGCAGGAUGAUUUCAUUGCCAGUGUUCCUGGUUUGUUCCAGCCAGCAGCCUCUUCGCUCAGUCACCAGGGCGUUCCCUCCUCCUCCUCUGUUCUGGCGCCUUCCUCCCUGCGCUGGUGUAUUUUGAGGCUUCUGAAGGCAUCUGCAACCACAAGUGGACAGGACCCUGCUGUGAGCUCCACGGCGGCGACGGAAGAGACGUAGACAUAGGUUUCCCAGUAUACUCCCCACUCCCCAGGUUCCUUUCCUGCCACAUAAGGUACUUAGCAGAACAUGGAGGGCAGGUGGAAGGUCCAAGAUUGUCCCAGACUAUGGACUUGGAAAAGAAGUGACAGGCAGGUGACAGAUAGGUACCUUAUGUGCCGCCUGCAAAGGACUUGAAUACAUUUGCCUUUAAGCAUGAAGAGCUUGCUGUGCUGGUAUCUGCUUUCCUGAGCUUGGUUUAAGCUUUCAGACAGCUAUUUAUAUCUGCUCUACUUCAUUUGAGACACGCGCUCACACAAAUACACACACGGACACGGAAGGUGCUUGUUACAGGAAUGCACACCUGCUGCACUGAGGGGUGGUGCUUGGUGGGGAAGUCUUCAGGAAAAGACACACCACUGGAUGGUCAGGCUUGGGAAGUCACCGCCAGGCACUGGGCCGGAGCCCAGGGUGUGUUCCGGCUCACACGAUGAAGCGGCUUAUCGAUGCACCCAAAGGGCUUGCUGCUGAUAAAAUGAGUGACGCCAGUUGGGACAGGAAAGAAGCUCGGGAUCUUUUCUUUCAUAGAAAGACUAAGCUUUAAAAUGGGAAGUAUUCUUUACUUGUACAAAUAUCUGGUCGCUGUAGUUCCUCUGUGCCAAUUCUAUUAUUUCUUGAUCCAGUCAGUGAGAACUAUGACAUGUGAAGCAGUUUUUUUUUUUUUUCCUCCAGGGUUAUUGCCGGGGCUUGGUGCCUACACUACAAAUCCACUGCUCCUGUGGCCUUUUUUUUUUUUUUUUUUGAUAGGAGAAAGAGAAAUUGAGAGGGGAGGGAGAGACAGAUAUCUGCAGACCUGCUUCACCACUUGUGAAGUGACCCCCCUGCAGGUAGGGAGACGGGGACUUGAACCAAGAUCCUUGUGCGGGUCCUUGUGCUUCAUACUAUGUGCACUUAACCCGGUGUUCCCCUGAAAUAAGCUGUUUCCAUCAUUAAAGCAAUCUACUGUCUCAUGAUCCCAGAGUUUGGAUUAUUCUGUAGAAGUACAUGUGUAUGUGUACACACACACACACACACACACACACUCACACACGUCUCAAUACAUCAUGUUGUGAUGGCCUGUGUCUUCACUUGCAUUUGCUUUUGUAACUAGAGAGCUAAGCUCUCAUAGGAACUGUUUAUUUUUUGACUGCAAAUACUGAGCUGGUGGAGAGGUAUCUGGAAGAAGGGCGCAUCCACUGAGCUGAGAAUGGCCAGAUUGGCAGGCGAUUCCCUGUGAAAGUCGUAUUCUUGGGCCUUCCUUUAGAAAUGGCUGCCUUUCACCUAUACCGAGAAUGCUGUGUUGCCUUUGGGAACUGUAGCUGCAGUGGAUGUGUAGAACUUCCUUGAGAAGCCCUCUCCUCUCCUCCUCCUCCAGGAGUCUUGUCGACCGGCUUCAGUUGUUCCGUAGUCCGGGUCAUCCCACUGAAGUUGACAGCCUCUGCUGCAUAUUUUAUACAGAGCUUUACAGUGUUUUCACUUUCUGUUGUGGAAACGGUCAAACCUAUACAUCGGCCAAUAACAGAGUACAAGGACUGCCACUUCUCCAACCACCUCUCCAGGUCGCCAGUACGCCUUGUGUAUCAAUUCUGG